UCAUGAUAUUUAGAAAAAACCUUUUCUUAAUUGGUACUCAACUACUCAUUUAGGUUGUACUCAUUUAGGCUCACUUAAACCCUUAAACCCUAAGCAAUUCCAUCUCCUUCCGUCACCGGCUGCGGCCUUCAGUCUGCACUCUUCUGCUGCGCUGCCGCCCCGUGCUCUCUCUCCGCAACCGCAGUUCCGCCACCUCGGCUCGGCAGUGCUGCGCCAGCCGCCUGUCCUGUACAAGAUUUUGAAUUUGUGCUGCAACAAUGGGGAAACUUGGAAAGAAGGCCAGAAAGUUUGCCAGGAAGAACCUGCAGUCUGUAUUGAAACGGAAAAGGAAGUUGAAGUCUAUGUUCAAGAAGAAAAAUAAUUCAAGGGUUCAACAUGGUGAUCCUGAAGAUUUAGCCGGAGAUGCUACUUCUACUGGAAGGGAGUUACCUACCGGAGAUAUAGAGGAUGCUUCUCUUGAUAUAUUCUCAAGUGAAGGGGAUGAUGACAUGGUUGAAGAUGAAUCUGACAGUGAUGGAUUUCUUUCUGAGGAUUCAAAUUGCUCAUAUGCAGGUGGGAGUGACACUGAGCUUCAUUUGGAAGACGCUCACCAAAGCAGUGACUUACAUAUUCACAAUCAAAAACUUCUGUCGGAGCUUUCAAAGAAAAAGAAAAGGUUGGAUGCUUUAAAGCGUAAGGAUCCUCGCUUCGUGAUCUUCUUGCAAGAACACCUUAAAAGCCUUGAUUCAUUAGAUGAUGAACAAUUGUUUGAUGAAGAUGGUUCAAUCAAUCAAAAUCCUCAAUCUUUUUCUGCAAUUGUCUCUAACCGAAAUGCUGGCAAAUUGUUAAGUAUGUCUACAAUCAAAAACUGGGGUCAAAAAGUAAAGGAGGAGCAUAGUUUGUCGGCUUUCCGUUGCCUUCUAAAUGCGUAUCGUGCAGCUUGCCUUUAUGGAAGCGAAUCUACUAAGUCUGAUGUCCCCAAUUCCUUCCCGUUAAUACAAAACAAGGAUACAUUUUGCGGCAUUUUGAUGUUUAUGCUUUCUGAAGGUGACAAAUUACUUCGAGACUUGUUGGAGUUAUCUGCCAAUUGCAAAAGGGAGAGCAUUGUAAAGUUAAAGAAUUCCUCAAAAUGGGAAAGUGUGAAGCUGAUGGUCAAAUCUUUUUUGAAAAGUACAUUAUUUCUCUUGAAUCAGUUUACUGAUUUGGACAUUUUGGUAUAUGCCUUAAAUCAGCUGAGAGUUUCAUUGGUAUUUUUUGCUGCUUAUCCGUCUCUUGAAUGCAAGCUAACUGAGGUUGCUGUACACCUUUGGGCAACAGGAGAAGGGACUCUCUCGUCAUGUUCUUUUCUCGUCUUACGUGACCUGGCUUCUUUCUUUGGUCAAGAGUCCUAUGAAAAUUGCUUGAAGGAAACAUAUAAAGCCUUUAUUUCACGGUGCAAAGUCGUAGAUUCUACUAGUUUAAAGCAUAUAGAAUUUAUGAAAGCAUCCUUCAUUGAGCUGUGUUCUAUAGACAUGCAGAAAUCAGUUAAAGUGGCUUUGGCAUCUGCUCAGAAGUUAUCUUUGAUCCUCAAGUUGGGCUUGCAAACCAAAAAGGAAGCUUUGAAGAAGAUUUGCAGCUGGGAGUAUGUUUUAUGCAUUGAUCUCUGGGUUAAAUUUGUUUCUAGCAAUAUUAAAGAUAAUGAUCUUCAUGGUCUUCUAUAUAUACUCAUUCAAGUCAUUAAUGGAGUCGCUAAACUCUUUGCUGGUCAAAGAUAUCUACCUGUGAGAGUCAAAUGCGUACAAUGGUUGAAUGAACUCUCUGCAUCGAGUGAUGUCUUCAUCCCCGUCGCUUCUUUGGCCUUGGAUAUAUUGGAAAGCAGUAAUACCCAGGAAGCUGGAAAAUUUGAAAAAGGCGGUGUUAACUUGUCUUCUAUUUUGAAGUUACCCAAAUAUUGGCUGAAGUCACAAGAUUUUCAAGAGGAGUGUGUUUUUUCGGCGGUGGAGCUGCUUUGUGCACACUUUAUAAAAUGGUGUUAUCACAUAUCUUAUCCCGAACUUGCUACUGUUCCUGUAAUUCGUUUGAAGAAUUUUCAUGAAAAAUCUACUUUUGAUAGCCUGCGCCGACCAGUGAAGCGUUUGAUUGAUCAAAUAGAGAAGAACAUGGAUUUUGUCCAGAGAAAGCGAGAGGAAGUUUCAUUUUCACCAAUAGAUCAAGCAUCAGCGGAUGCAUUUCUUCUGAGUGAAAAGCACAAUGACAAUUCCCCUUUUAUUCAGUACUACAAAAGUACAACACAAAAUGCCAUGACUAGGAAGUUCAACAAUGAUGAUCAUAAAAGUCAUAAAAAACCAAAAGGAAAGAAGUUGAAGAUGCCGCGGAAAACGGAGGUUGCGGGAUCUAAUGGCAUGGAGAAAUACUCAAUGAUGAGUGACGAGCCAUCAAACCGAAGUCAGCAAGUUACGAAGCGAAAGAAACAGAAAACUGGAGCGACAUAACUAUUGAUGCAUUGGUGACAAUUGACAUGAUGUUAGCUGCUUGAAUUGGCCGUUUUUGUGUCGCCUUGUUGGGGUGGUAUUUUUGGUAGUUUAAAGUUGCAUGAAUGGAUAUUUGUAUUAUAGUUUGAGUGCCUAACAAAUGAACCAGAAACAUAAUUUUAAUUCUGUUCAAAUUAUUAGGAUGAAAAUACUUCCACUGUGGCCUUUUUUAAUUAGAUCCUUGCAUUAAGCAAAAUCUUUGUAUCCUCAUUCCUCUCUUACCUAGGGCUAGUAGUAUGAGUAAAUGUCUUUCUGGCUACCAUUGAUAAAGUGUUAAAAUAAUGGGUGCAAUUGAUAGUUUUCCAUAAUAUUUUGACUUUUUGGCCGGUCAAGGUUGGGGAAGGGGAAAGGGGUGAGUUUAAUGUUGUAACUUUUGGCAUUAUGGUGAAUAAUUCAUACCUUAAUGCCUAAUUAUUCCAUUUGAGAAAGAAUUCUUGA